AUGACUUCAAAAACAGAAGAACUUUACGUAAAAAUGUUUAAACUUUUAAUAGAAUUCUGCAAUGAUAAUAAUCAAAAAAUUAAUGAUAAUCCAGAUUUAGAAAUCGUUACUGAUUUUGAAAAAGGUGCAAUUAAUGCAUUAAAUGAUAUGUUUCCUCUCGCAACACAUUCUGCAUGUUUUUUCCAUUUAUCACAAAACAUUUACAAAAAACUUCAAAGUCUUGGUCUCUCUUCAAGGUAUUCGAACGAUCCAGAAUUCAAUUUAUUAGCAAAGCAAAUACCUGCCUUGGCAUUUUUACCAGCUAAUAUGAUUGUAGAUGGGUGGACACUAUUGAAACCAUUGUUUAAAACCGAAACCAAACAACAAUUAUCACAAUAUUUUGAGGAAACGUAUGUUUUGGGAAAAUCCGGUAUGCGUUUGAGUGGAAGACCAACAAAACAAACCAUGCGUAAUCCACCAAUGUUUCCUCCAGAAAUGUGGUCAGUAGCUGACCGUCUAAAUCUUGGUUUGCCAAGAACCACAAACGUUGCAGAAUCAUGGCACAGAAAAAUAAAUAGAUUAGUUUCUCCUAAUCCAGGUCUAUUAAACUUCAUUAAGUUAAUACAAAAAGUGCAAAAUGAAACAGAAUCAACAAUUGAACAGCUUAUACAAGGACGGAUUUCAAAAAGAGCAAAAAAGAACGUCAAUUUACAAAAUGCUCGCCUUAAAUGUAUUCAACAAAGAAUCUACGAUGACGAUAACUUAGACAAGUUAGAAUUUUUAAAAGGCAUUGCACAUAAUUUAACUUUAUAA